AUGUCGACGUCCGCGCUCUUGUCCGCCCUGCGCGUCGGCGGCCGGCAGAAGAUCACCGCCUCCACCUUGGGCGCGAGGGCGCAGGCGACCGGCUCCCACGUCUUCAGGAUCCACAGGUUCACGCAGGUCAGGGAGAAGGUGGCCAAUGGCACGGCCGUCGAGUCAGGCAAGUUCGGCGUCGGCGGCCACGACUGGCGUAUCAAGUGCUACCCAAACGGCGACGCAGAAGAGAACCAGGGCUGCAUCUCCCUCUUUCUCCGGCACGCCAGCCACGCCAAGAACGGCGACGCCACGGCGGGGUACAAGCUGAGCAUACUCGACAAGUCGUGGAAGCCGUCGCAUACUGAGUCCAUAGAUGAACGCCGCUUCACGGACAAUGGUUGGGGCUGGAGCAAAUUCAUGAAACUCGAAGAUCUGGACAAGGAGAAGCACCUCCAGGACGACUGCCUGUCCGUCCUCUGCGACGUCACCGUCGACACGGGGCUGCGCACCGAGGACUACACGGACGAGGUCGCCACGGCUGCGGCGGAGGAACUCACCAAGGCGCCACCGCCGUUCCCCGUGCAUGGCAUCGCGGAAGCCAUCUGGAACAGGCAGGAACCGGACGUGAAGAUCGAGGUCGGCGACGGGCAGACGCUCGCCGCGCACAGAUGGGUGCUCGAGGCCGGAUCCCCCGUCUUCAAGGUGGAUCUCGCUCUAGCCUCCAACGACACCGUCGCUGAGCUACGCGUCGGCGACAUGGACGCCGACGUGUGCAAGGCGCUGCUCCGGUUCAUGUACACCAACUCGCCGCCGCCGGAGCUCGAGCCGAUGGCGGAGCGGCUCCUCGUCGCGGCGGACAGGUACGAGCUGGAGGAGCUUAAGCUCGCCUGCGAGGAGGCGCUGUGCAAGAACAUCGACACGAGCUCCGUGGCCGCCACGCUGGCGCUGGCCGAGCGUCAUGGUUGCACCGUGCUGAGGAAGGCGGGCAUGCGGUUCCUCUCUUCUCCCGGCAACCUGGAUGUGGUCUUGGCGUCGUCCGAUGGUCUUGAGAAGCUCAAGACUGGCUGCCCAUCUGCUCUGCUGGAGCUCCUCGAGAAGAAUAGGCCGCUAGAUGAGCAUUAUUCGAUCAAAGGUCAAUAA